AAAUUGGAAGCUGAGUUUGUCGCUUUUACAAAUCGGAACGUUCCUCUAACACGUGACACAUACAUACACAUAUACAUACUUCUACCGCGUAACGAAAACUCAACUUUUCAGCCAUGAACUCAAUUAGCCUCGUUGUUUUUGCUGCUGCUGUUAUUUAUGGUGUCAGUGCCAUCACCUGCCCCAGGUGUACAAAUGAGAAUGACUGGACGACAUGUACUGACACACACACAUGCAAUGGAAAUGAUGAUACUUGCCAACUGGUUGUAGAGAAUGACGGUACCAGACACAAACUAGCCUACCAUUGUACACAAAGCCAGAACUGUCAACAACACGAGACUCAGCACUGUGAUAUCACUGUACAUGGUCACUGCAACUUCUGUUGUGACACUAUUGCUGCUUGCAGAACUCAGAGAGAGGGACUCUUUGACUCCUUGAUGUAACAAGUGCCCUAACAAGUCAGUGAGAGAGCCAAAAGUUUGAGAGUUCGUCUGUUGUUUACUAGAUUAGAUUUUACAUUAUCACGUAUGCCGGUGUGACUUUUUUUUUAUAUUAAUAAAAUUCAAUCUGAAACAAA